GAAUCAUUUGGGGAACAAAAGGAGAAAUUUUCAGGGACAGAAUCAUUCAGGAAGGGAGGGACAGAUAAAGCUACAUGUGCCUGGUUGGGGUACAGAGCAAGGAAUAGAGAAAGAGAAGUAUCUGAAAACAGCUAUCUGAAGACGAGGUGAAUUGUUGGAGGAAGGGACAGGAGAGAUAGCAGAGCUAUUUCAAGAGUGAUCAGUAGAAGGGAACAUAAGAAUCUACGGGCUGUCUAAAGUAAACGAGGAAGGGUCCAGGGGCAGUGAGGGAAGGCCAGGACUAGGGCCAAGGCCAGGGCAGGCAUAAUCGCUGAGGGGAUGAACUUCACAGUGGGUUUCAAGCCGCUGCUAGGGGAUGCACAUAGCAUGGACAACCUGGAGAAGCAGCUCAUUUGCCCCAUCUGCCUGGAGAUGUUCUCCAAACCGGUGGUGAUCCUGCCCUGCCAGCACAACCUGUGCAGAAAAUGUGCCAACGAUGUCUUCCAGGCCUCGAACCCUCUGUGGCAAUCCCGGGGCUCCACCACCGUGUCUUCAGGAGGCCGUUUCCGCUGCCCAUCUUGCAGGCAUGAGGUUGUCCUGGACAGACAUGGUGUGUAUGGCCUGCAGCGAAACCUGCUAGUAGAGAACAUUAUCGACAUUUACAAGCAAGAGUCUUCCCGGCCACUGCACUCCAAGGCUGAGCAGCACCUCAUGUGUGAGGAGCAUGAAGAGGAGAAGAUCAAUAUCUACUGCCUGAGCUGUGAAGUGCCCACCUGCUCUCUCUGUAAGGUCUUCGGUGCCCACAAGGACUGUGAGGUGGCCCCACUGCCCACCAUUUACAAACGUCAGAAGAGCGAGCUCAGUGAUGGCAUCGCAAUGCUGGUGGCGGGCAACGACCGUGUGCAAGCAGUGAUCACACAGAUGGAGGAAGUGUGCCAGACCAUCGAGGACAACAGCCGGAGGCAGAAGCAGCUGCUUAACCAGAGGUUCGAGGCCCUGUGCUCCGUGCUGGAGGAGCGCAAGGCCGAGCUGCUGCAGGCGCUGGCCCGCGAGCAGGAGGAGAAGCUGCAGCGCGUCCGGGGCCUCAUCCGCCAGUAUGGAGACCACCUAGAAGCCUCCUCUAAGCUCGUGGAGUCCGCCAUCCAGUCCAUGGAGGAGCCACAGAUGGCGCUGUACCUCCAGCAGGCCAAGGAGCUGAUCAAUAAGGUCGGGACAAUGUCGAAAGUGGAGCUGGCAGGACGGCCAGAACCGGGCUAUGAAAGCAUGGAGCAGUUCACCGUGAGCGUGGAGCACGUGGCCGAAAUGCUGAGGACCAUCGACUUCCAGCCCGGCGCUUCCGGGGAGGAAGAGGAUGAGGAGGUGGCAUUGGACGGGGAAGAGGGCAGCGCAGGGCCGGAGGAAGAGCGGCCGGAUGGGCCGGAAGGUGAGUGUGGCCCGAGGGGCCUGGCGGGGCUGGCUCGACGCCCCGGGCCCCUCAGCUGCGAGGCCUCCCUGCGGCACCAGCGAUCUUUGGUGGCCUCCCCACCCCCAGCGGGAGGGGCGCCCCCUAGCGCGCGUGCAGAAGUACACUCUCUUUCCCACCAGCCUUUCCUCUGGGGCUUUGGGAGACCAGGUUGGGUCGGGAGGUAGAGGAGAAAGCCACGUGGCUGGGAGAAAAGGGGUGAGCUGGGGUUCGGAGCUGCCUUGUUCCUCUGGAACGCCCGCCCACCGAGCUUUCUUUCCCAGGCACUGGCGGGCACUGAGCUGCUCCCCGCGCACCUGGGGCCUGGCGCUGGGGUCGGGGAGGACCUGCUCAGAGACCGCUGCGCCACCCAGCUCGGCGCCCAGCCGCGGGGGAGGGGCUCAAUAAAGGGCUAAUGUGUUCAGACCCGCAGCUCACUCUCAGUCUCGGCUUCCGAUGACCCCAUCACCAUCCUGCCCUUCUCCGGAUCCGGGCCCAUUUGAUGUCCCUGCGGGGCAUCUCCUUGGUAUCAAGCACGGUUUGGCGAGCUCAGUGCCAAGGGAAAAGGGUCGGGGUGGUGCGGCGGCACCAGCACCUGAGUUCUUGGGGGAACGAUGGAGAUGCGGACCCCGGCUGAAGGCCCUUCUGCCCGAGCCCUCGCCGGCCUGGGAGGUCGCACUUUCCCACGGACUCCCACCCUGCUGUA